AUGAUAGUAUCACAAAAUGGCAUGUUCUGUGCUGGUUUCUAUGUUGUUGGUGAAAAUGCAUAUUCCUUUGCCAUUUGGUUUUCCGAACCAAAUCACCAAACACAAAACCUUACCUUAGUAUGGAAUGCGAACCGUGACCAACCGGUCAACGGAAGAGGCUCAAAACUUCAUCUUCUCAACAACGGUAACCUUGUCUUAAAAGAUACUGAUGAGUCUCACGUUUGGUCCACAAACACUGUCUCACUCUCAUAUGUUGCUCUCGUUCUUUUAAACACCGGUAACCUUGUUUUACGGGAAGUAAACGGUGUUACUUUGUGGCAAAGCUUUGAUUCUCCUACUGAUACGCUUCUGCCACUACAAGUUUUCAACAGACAAUCAAGAAUAGUUUGUUCAAGAAGCGAAACAAACAAGUCAUAUGGUUUUUAUAUGUUGUAUUUAGAUAACGACAACAUUCUCCGUCUUCUUUACGACGGUCCGGGUGUAUCGAGCAUUUAUUGGGUUCCAAACCUGGCUAUGAAAUCUCCAGGCCAUGCUUCUUCACAAGUUUUAAGUACCUGCACUUGA